AUGGUUUUUCUUCCUCACGCCAGCACUGGCCCGCUGGCGACUAUCCCCGAUGAUAUCCCUAUCAGCGAAUUCAUGCUCAAUGAGAAGUAUGGACGGCUAUCCCACGAUAAAUCCAGCGACCCUUUUACCUGCGGGUUGAGCGGGAAGUCCUAUACAUCGCAACAGGUAGUGGAGCGGGUAGACCACAUUGCGCGAGGUCUCGCGAAGGAGUUCGGAUGGUCACCGAACAAGGGCACAGAAUGGGACAAGACACUUGCAGUCUUCAGCUUAAACUCGAUUGAUAUGCUGCCAUUUUGUUGGGCGGUUCAUAGACUAGGCGGUCUUGUUUCGCCAGCCAAUGCAGCGUACUCGGCUGCAGAGAUGAAGCACCAGAUUUUAGACUCAAAGUCACAGGCUCUGUUUACAUGUGUCCCCCUCUUGCCCGUUGCUCUCGAAGCCGCAGCCAUGGCCGGUCUUCCCAGAAACAAAGUCUAUCUGAUUGAUGUGCCCCCACAGCUUCUGGGAGGAGCAAAGCCACCCACCGAGUUCAAAAACCUGACACAACUUCUGGAAGAAGGAAGCACUCUACCAGCUUUAGAGCCGCUGAAAUGGGGACCCAGAGAAGGCGCGCGCCGAACCGCUUUCUUAUGUUACUCAAGUGGCACCUCGGGUCUACCGAAAGGAGUCAUGAUAUCGCACCGCAACGUUAUUGCUAACACAUUACAAAUCGUUGCAUUCGAUGGGGGCUUCCGGGAUAACAUCGCUCGUUCCCGUGGCUUAGAGACAUUCAAAGAAGUCGGCCUGGGUCUUCUUCCCUCAAGUCACAUUUAUUCUCUCGUGGUCAUCAAUCACUCCGGUCCCUAUCGUGGAGACCAAGUGAUCGUUCUCCCCAAAUUUGAUUUGAAGUCUUAUUUGGCUUCUAUUCAAAACUUCAAGAUCACAGGACUUUACUUGGUUCCUCCCAUUAUUAUCAACAUGCUUCGCAGCCAUGCUGAGUGCUCUAAGUAUGAUUUAAGCUCCGUCAUGACUCUCUUUACCGGAGCAGCACCCCUCGGCAUGGAGACAGCCGCCGAAUUUCUAAAGAUUUAUCCCAAUGUGAGAAUCAGACAAGGAUAUGGUUUGACGGAAACUUGCACAGUGGUCAGCUCAACUCACCCUGACGACAUUGUACUGGGCUCUUCCGGCAUCCUACUUCCCGGCUUCGAAGCUCGGAUCGUGACACCAGAGAAUGAAGAAAUCACAGCCUACGACACCCCCGGCGAGCUGAUUGUCCGAUCGCCUAGUGUUGUACUCGGCUACCUGAACAAUGAUAAAGCGACCAAAGAAACAUUCGAAGAUGGAUGGAUGCGCACGGGUGACGAGGCAGUUAUUCGUGUAGGCCCGAAGGGCACAGAACACGUUUUCAUCGUCGACCGUAUCAAGGAGUUAAUCAAGGUCAAGGGCCUGCAAGUCGCACCAGCCGAGCUUGAAGCGCAUCUGCUCGGUCACCCAGACGUAGCUGAUUGUGCUGUCAUUGCUAUUCCCGACGAUGCAGCCGGUGAAGUUCCAAAGGCGAUUGUGGUUAAGUCGGCCUCCGCCAGCUCCGAUGAAGAGGCAGAGAAGUCUAUCAAGAAGUAUGUUGAGGAGCAUAAAGCUCGCCAUAAGUGGCUGAAGGGAGGUGUUAGGUUCAUCGAUGCUGUCCCGAAGAGCCCAAGCGGGAAGAUCUUGCGUCGACUGCUGCGAGACCAGGAGAAAGAAGCGCGGAGGAAGGCGGGCGUUAAGCUUUGA